AGCGCGGAAACGAGCUGCAAAAAGCAGCGAAGCGAAGCUUUCCCGUUAGAUGUGUUGUGGAAUGUGAACACAACUUGCCUGACAUCCACCAUGUCUGCACCGGCAGAACAAACGGAGAAACCUGCAUCUCCCAAACGGAAGACUGCACUUGACGAUACAUUACUUCUGAAUGUUGUAACGGAGUACUUCAAACUAGCCGGUCUCGCUUUAGUGGUAUGGUUUGUUGGCUAUUUCGCCUUCUCCCCAAGUUGGCUCCUCCUGGGUCUGGUGGUCUAUGUUUGGAAGGAGAAGCACACUCGUGAAAAGAAACUGAAAAUCGAGAUCAACCAACGCACUGCCAGGGAUGAAAAGAAUGAGAUAUUGGCCAGAGUAGAAGAUUUGCCAUCAUGGGUAUGUUUCCCGGAUGUCGAGAGAGCAGAAUGGUUGAACAAGAUGAUCGACCAGUUGUGGCCAUACAUAGGGGAUUAUGUCGACAAACUUCUCAGAGAAUCCAUCGAGCCAAAAAUUCGCGAGAGUCUUCCCGCAUCCCUCUCGUCUUUCAAGUUCAGCAAGAUCGACAUCGGAGAUAUUCCACCCAGGAUUGGUGGAGUGAAGGUGUACACCCAGAAUGUGCGGAGAGAUGAGAUCUACAUGGACCUGGAGAUUGUGUACAGCAGCGAUUCCAAUGUGGCUGUUCAGGUGAAGGGGAUCAAUGCAGGCAUCAAAGACUUGCAGCUUCAUGGAAUCAUGCGGGUCGUCUUCAAACCCCUCAUCAGCAAGAUGCCGCUGCUGGGGGGGAUCUCCGUCUUCUUCCUCAACAACCCCACUGUUGACUUCAACUUGACCAGCCUGGCCAAUGCAUUUGAUCUUCCUGGUCUGAAUGACAUGCUGCACACGAUUGUGAUCGAGCAGAUCGCCAACAUCAUGGUGCUGCCAAACCGCAUCCCCAUCUCCAUGGUCGAGGGCCUGAACCUCAACAAGCUCCGCUACCCACAGCCGCAGGGUGUGUUAAGGAUCCAUAUCCUGGAGGCCAAGGAGUUGGUCAGGGCAGAUAUUGGGAUGAUGAAGAAGGGCAAGUCUGACCCAUAUGCCAUUGCUGUUGUUGGAGCCCAAACCUUCAAGACCAAAGCAAUCAAUAACACCAUCUGCCCUAAGUGGAACAUGACGUACGAGGCUAUCGUGGAUGUUGCUCAGGGACAGUGCCUGCAGGUUGACGUCUUGGACGAUGACCCAGGGAGUAAGGAUGACCCAUUAGGAAAUGCUUCAGUUGACAUAUCUCAUGUGUUUGAGAGGGGCAUGGUGGAUGAGUGGUUGCAGUUGGAGAACGUGAAGACGGGGUUUGUCCAUGUCCGCCUGCAGUGGCUGUUUCUGGCCAACGACCCACUGGAGUUAGACAGGAUGGUCCAACAGGUGCAGGAAGAGAACAAGGAUGAUGAGAGCGUGUCCUCCUGCAUCCUGCUGGUCAACCUCGACUCCGCCCGGGACCUUCCAGGCAGCCCUAAGCGAGAUGGGUAUUGGCGAGGGAAGAAGACACUGUCUGAACCGUCUCCCCAAGUGAACCUCUAUGUGGGCCAGAGCAAGCACAAGAGCGGGAUCAGGGCUAACACUAAUGAGCCCCGCUGGGAGGAGAACUUCCGCUUCCUCAUCCACAACCCCAACUACCAGAACUUGGAUGUUGAGGUGCGGGACAGUAAGAAUGACAAGGUGAUCGGUGCCGCCACCAUCAAGCUGAAGGAACUGCUCUCAGCCUCAGACAUGGUACUGGACCAGAAGUUUGACCUGAAACAGAACGGGCCUGCCGGAGUUCUGAACAUGAGGCUGGCUCUCAGGGUGCUGACCCCCAACUCAAACCCUGACUGGCUGGAUGAAUGUGAGCCCCUUAUCACCGAGCCACCCCCCAAGAAGGAGGGAGAAGGGAAGGAGGGGGCAGGGGAUGCAGGCGGGGCACCUGCGGGGAAGAAGCCUGAGGGGACAUCUGUGGACAAGCCAUCUCAACCCUCUCAGCCUGCUCCUGCAGUGGAUGAAGUUAUUCCACCCGCCUCCAGCUCCGUGGAUGCUGAGAGUAAUCUCCGACAGAGGAAAGCACCUGCACAACAGAAAGUUGUGGACACGAAGGGGGAGUUUGGAAAUGGACGUAUUCAGAUGACGUUCCGAUACAGCGCCCAAAGACAAACUCUUAUCAUUGUCGUGCACAAAUGUGUGAACCUGCUGCCACUGGACAGCAACCAUCUGUCAGACCCCUAUGUACGUAUGUACCUGCUGCCUGAGAAGUCCAGCUCCUCGCGGAGAAAGACGCAGGUUAUCAAGGACAACCUCAAUCCUGUAUUUGAUGAGACGUUUGAAUAUCCAGUAGGUCCUUCCGAGUUGCCCAGCCGGUCGCUGGAGAUCUGUGUGAAGAAUGAGGUUGGGGUGUUCUCCAGCAGCAAGAAGAUCAUGGGUGUCGUCAACCUUGACCUUAAGAACCUGGACACUUCAAAGGCAAUUACAGAGUGGUUUGACCUGCGUCCCGAGGAUAACACUGAGAAGAUUUCACUGGUGGAGUCUGACGUGUGACUUGCAACACCUUGAAGUAAAGUGCUGAGGUGAUUUUCAUUUUUAUUACUUGGUUCACGGAUCUGACUCGAAAUUAGAAAUAAAUUUAAAUUUAGAUUAUGAUUUUUUUAAUUCUUACCAAGUCAAAUUUAAAUAAAUAAUUUGCAAUAAAAAUCGUGACAAAAAAUCUGUAAACCAAGUAAUUAAAUGGAAAUGCCUAAGGUGAAUACUCUGUGGCGAACACAAUGCUUCGAACAGUCUGUCAAGUGCUGCUACGCUGCUACUGUUAAUAAUACUCCACACCUCUACAAGUGUUGAUAGCCAAGCUGCACUGGUUCUCUAUGUGGCCUACUUAUCAAUGAAUGCUAUUUUCCUGAGGACAUUUCUAUAUAGCACUAGUAUGUGGCGGAUGUCUGGUGGUAGGAUGGGAAUGUACCUGAUUCAGACAACGUUGUUGUGUUGGAACCAUACAUAUAGGUCGCCAUGUCUUGGGUUUAUCUCAGAUUCCAAGCCAAGCGCCAUUGUCAGACAAAUUGGGGGAAAAAGCUUAUUUUGUUACUUACUGGUAUUUGUUGAGGGGUUCGUAAAGACUUCCUUCAAAGCAUAUUGUAAAAUUAAAACAUGAAGCCUCUUCCUGUUUGUCGGACCUGUUAUCUGUGGGAUGCAAGACACCUCUGCAAAACAAUAACAUAAGUUAUUACAAAAAAUAACAUGACUUGGCAAAUACUUAAUUCCAGUUUGGGAAUUUUGACUGACAUUUGGUUCUGAUUUGGGGCCGAAAAUCAGCCUCUGAGCAGGCCUAGAUAAUCCAUGCAUGUAAAAGUAGAACAGGUCUUGUACUGACCGGAAAUAGGAAGCAAUAUGUUUGAGUAGGACAGCCGUGUUCCAUUUCUAGUAGAUUCUGCUUUAGAAUGUGGUUCUGUCUUUAUCAGUGCAAUUGUGUGCAGUUCAGCGUUGUGGUUAUUUAUAUCUUACAAGGAAAUAUCUGUACUGUCAUUCAACGAUUUA